CCCGGAAGAAGCAUAGCGACUGCGCCAGGCAAGUCAGACAGAGACGGAGGAUAGCGCGAGCAGCCGGUGAAGACGCUGGCCGGAUGGUUAAAUCUCACCUCCAGACGAUUUUGAAUAGUCAUUGUUUUGCCAGAGAGAAAGAGAGGAACCCACGGACCAUGCCUGUUGUUGAGGAGCCCGGUAACAAAGCCACGAGCGGCAGCAUCUCCAGUUCCAGGGGGUGCUCCCGCUGUUCCAGUAACCCGUGUCCGGGGCCUCUGUGGUGCUCCGAUGCCCCUCUCCCACCCCUGAAGAUCCCAGGUGGGCGAGGGAAUGACCAACGGGAUCGCAAUCUUUCAGCUAAGCUGCUUUUCUCUGAUGCUCAUCUGCUGGUUUUUGAGGAGCCUCCCCCCGCUAACAGCCGAGUGCGCUUCCUGCUGUUUGAGCCCCGCCGCUCUGAAGGCAAGCAGUGCUUGUGGAGGGCCGCGCUGAAAGGAGCCAACCUCUAUGUGGAAAUCCCUCCAGGCGCUUUGCCCGAGGGCAGCAAAGACGGUUUUGCACUUUUGCUGGAAUUUGCAGAAGAGCAGCUUCAGUCAGAUCACGUGUUCAUCUGCUUUCACAAGAACCGCGAUGACAGAGCUCCUCUGCUACGAACGUUCAGCUUCCUGGGCUUUGAGAUUGUUAGACCGGGUCAUCCCCUCGUCCCGUCCCGCGCCGACGCUUUCUUCAUGGCUUACAGCAUCGAGCGAGACUCCUCCGAUGACGACUGAAGUCCCGCUCAGCAGUUAGAUGUUCUUCACUCUAGAUUCCUCUCUGUGCUGCGCUUCUGUCAGAUGAUGCCGCUUAGUUUUUGAUGUGCGCCCCCCCCCCCCCCUUUCCUAUCAUGCAGCAUAUUAACGAUAGACUGAUAUCUUGCUUGUGAUGUUGUCGUGAUCAUCAGUGGAGUAGCUGGGUAAUAUUUUUUAUUGUGCAUGAUUUGAUUCCGGUUCUUUCCAUAGGUAUUUGCAUGUUGUACGUGGAUUAAAUAAACAUGUUCUCCCUGCA